AUGGGUGGACGGCCAGAUGGACAGGUGGGAGAGGUGCAGGGCGUGGUCACCGGCCUCCGUGGCCUGUGCAGCGGGCUGGGUCCCCACCUCCACGGCUUCGUCCUCCACCUGUUCCUCGUAGAGCUGAGCGAGGCGGUGGCCUGUGGCCCCAGGGGCCCUUUCCAUCCCCCAGCACAGUCCCCUGGCCCUGAGCACCACAGCUGGGUGGUGGGACCUGAGCCGCCCCACAGCCCUUGGUCCAGAGCCCCCCGUGAGCAAGAGCCACUGUCGGGGGACAGCACAGCCUCGUCCAUCCCGGGGGAACGAGCCACAGUCCCCGGGGAGCUGGGCCUGGCUGCAGGGCCGUCAAGGACCCCCACCUCCACUGGGGGCUUCCACCCGUCUGAACCCAGACAUCACCGCUCGAAGCCUCUGCCUGCCUUGAUGCUCCUGACGACUCAAGUCUCAGGCCCUCGGACGACUCGGUUCAGCUUCGGAGAAAGAGACUCACUAAGCGACCUGUCCUCGCGGGCUUUCCGUGUUGGUUGUUCAUUUGGGGUCCUGGCCCCCCGCCGUGGUGCCCUCGGUGUCACCUUCCCACCACGCUCCUCGGCCCAGCUCAGCCGGCUGAUUUCGGGGACCAAACCCCGCUGCUGUCGAGGGAAGGUGGACGGGGAGGCCAGGAUGUCGAGGCUGGGGGGCUGGGACCCUCCAAGGGAAAGUGGCUUCCUGCGGGGCCUCCGAGGACUUCCUCCAGGCGGGGACCAUGCCGGGAAGAGGUCAAGUGCCCAGCUUCCCGCGGAGGGCCCACACCUCCGGCCCGGGGAGGGCCGCACCUUGGCGUCCACCUUCCUGUGUGGCCUUUCCCGGCACCCGGGGCCAGAGGGGGAUGGGACCAAGAAAGACCAACUCAGAGUGACCCCACCCCCAGGAGGUCCCCCAGCCCGCACCCGGCGCCCGGAGGAGGCUGCUCUCUGUCGCCCCCGCGCGGCCGCUCCGGGCAGUGGAGCCGAGAUUCCGGCCGACGGGGGACCGGCGGGGGCGGCGCGGACCCUGGGCCUGCUUCCGAUUUCCCUUCAACUGACCUCGAGGGUCACCCCUCUCCGGCCCGCAUUUUCCGAUCUUCCCGUUUCUAAAAGUGCCCUGGAGGUGGAGCCCCCCGAGAGCGUGGUGGCGGUGCCCGUGGGCGGGUCGCGGGAGCUGACCUGCCGCCUGGCCUGCGCGGGCCCCGGGGCCGCCCCGGUGCAGUGGCGCGGCCUGGACACCACCCUGGGCGCCGUGCAGACGGGCGCGGGCAUCAGCGUCCUCUCCGUGCGCAACGCGUCCCUGGCGGCGGCGGGGACCCGCGUGUGCGUGGGCUCCUGCGGGAACCUCACCUUCCAGCGGACCGUGCGGCUCCUGGUGUUCGCCUUCCCGGACCAGCUGACCGUCUCCCCAGGGGCCCUGGUGGCCGGGUCUGCCCAGGAGGUGGCCUGCACCGCCCACAACGUCUCGCCUGCCAGCUCGGACACCCUCUCCUUGUCCCUGCUCCUGGGGGGCCAGGAGCUGGAGGGGGUGCAGGCUUUGGGCCAGGAUGUGGAGGAGGAGGCCCAGGAUGGCGAGGACUCGCUGUUCCGAGUGACAGAGCGCUGGCUGCUGCCCCCCCUGGGGACCCUCGCCCCACUCACCCUCCACUGCCAGGCGACCAUGACGCUGCCCGGCUUGGAGCUGAACCACAGCCGGCCCAUUCCAGUCCUGCACAGCCUGACCUCCCGGGAGCCCCCCAUCGUGACCUCCCCGGAGGCGACCCCCGAGCAGGGCUCCACCCACAGCCCCUCGAGUCCUGGUCCUGAGAGUGGGAACAGCUCCACCAGGCCCUGUCGCCCUGUGAUCCGCCGGUUGACAACGCCACGGGGUCUGGAGCUGCUGUGUGAGGUGGUCUGCAGCCCUGGCGUGGCCGUGCACUGGACCCAGGCUCCCGGCGGUCUGGAGGCCUACAACAGGCGGGAGGCCGGAGCCCGGGCGUGGCUGAGCGUGCCGUGGGCCGAGUGCAACCCCGAGGGCUGGUUCCAGUGUUGCCUGGACCCAGGGGGCCAGGUGGCCAGCCUGUACCUGGUCCCAGAAAUCUGCUCCCCGGCGUCGUCCGCAGCCCUGUGGACGGGCAGUGUGGCCCUGGGGCUGCUCCUCCUGGUGUUCCUCGCCUAUCGCCUGUGGAAAUGCUGCCGGCCGGCCACUGACCACCACGCCCACCAGCUCCUCUGGGCCCCCUGCCCCGCUUGCACCGGACUGGGGGGGCGGGAUUCAGGAGAUCACUUCUGA